UAAUCAGUUGUCGUCGGCAAGACUCUACGGUGCGAAAAUAUCGUGAAGUUGGGCAUUGUUAGCGGGUGUUUUGGUUUGCAGCGACAUAUACAUAUUCUGUAGCCGAUGUAAACGAGAUUUUUUGGGUGCAGAAUGGCUGGGACGACUUCCAAGAACGUGCAGAGUCCGAUUGCACUAAAUCAGCGGUCGACUGUGAUCAGGGACGGGAUACAACCGUUGGACUACUUUGGACAUUGGGAUGGUUUGGGCGAGGCGAAGAUGGUAAACACUGGAUCGUCGGUAAUGAUUACCUUCAGCGAUCGCCCCUUUCGACCGUUCAUUGUUGGUGGCGUCCUGGGCAACAAGUACGUUUUCGAGCAGCUCCACUUCCACUGGGGCAUCGGGGACGGGUCCGGCUGUGAACAUACGCUCGAGGGUAGCACCUACUCGAUGGAGGCACACGCCGUCCAUUACAACGCCAAAUACGGAAGUUUCGCGGAAGCGGUCGACAAGCCGGACGGUUUAGCCGUGCUCGGCUUUUUCGUGCAGGCGUACGGCAAUGACGAUUGUCCAGCGUUCGAUAAGAUCGUGGCCGGAUUGCAGUAUAUUCGCAACCCGAACGCACAGACCGAAAUCGAUGCCGAUUGUCUCGCCUGGAUGGGCAUGCAGGAGCUCAACCGACACUACUACACGUACAAAGGUUCCCUCACCACACCGCCGUACUUCGAGAGCGUCACUUGGCUGGUGUACAAAACGCCGAUCUACGUGUCCAGUGCGCAGCUGGAAGCAUUCCGGCAGCUGCAGGCUUGCCCAAAGGAUAGUAGCAAAAAAAUCGUCAACAACUUCCGGCCGGUGCAGGUGCCCGAGCAGGUGCCGGAGGUAGUUUUUGUGCGAAACAAUCAUCCCGUGGUGCUUGCGAAACUGUAGGAAUCGUUUUUGUUGUGGAUAAGGAAUUUGUGUGUGGAAAAAUAUUGAGUUUUUACGGUACUGUUGAUUACUUCGUACUAUCGAAAUUGAAUAAAAGUUCAAAUGAAAAAAAA